AAAGCCAAGAAAUCUUUCACCUGCACUCAGUGUGGAAAGAGUUUCACGCGCAAAACAAGUCUCGAGUCUCAUGUGAGAGUUCAUACUGGAGGGACGCCAUUCAGUUGUGACCAAUGUGGGAAGAGUUUCUCAGCAGACCUUAAAGAUCACGUGAGCAUCCACGCUGAAGAGAAGCAGCGCGCAUGCGAUCAGUGUGGUAAAAUGUUUUUGAAAGUUAUUUCAAAGGAGGAGCCACGUUUAUGUAAUUCGUGCUCUCACAGUUUUUUGCGUUUACAAACUUUGAAAGUACAUCAGAAAAUGCAUACUGCUGUGGGAGAGCACAUGUGCUUUGAGUGUCAAAAGACUUUUACUUCAGCAAGCCGUUUAAAACUGCAUGAGAGUAUUCACACAGGUAAGAAACCUUAUAAGUGUUCGCACUGUGACAAGAGUUUCAGUCAGUCAGUACAUCUCAAAAGGCACAAUAAUAUCCACACUGGAGAGAAAGUUUAUAGAUGUCAACACUGCAGCAGAAGAUUCGGUGAUUCGAGAGACCUGAAAAGACACGAAAUGAUCCAAACUGGAGAAAAACCUUAUAAGUGUCUGCACUGUGACAAGAGAUUCAGUAGGUCGGGAGUUCUGAAAACACAUGAGAGGAUUCAUAUCGGAGUGAAACCUUAUAAGUGUUCGCACUGUGUCAAGAGAUUCAGUCAUUCGUCAAAUCUGAAAAGACACGAGAGGACCCACACCGGAGAGAAACCCUAUCACUGCACUACAUGUGGGAAGCAUUUCAACCAUUCAUCUGCUUUACACAGUCAUACAAAAAACAAGCACAGUAAAGUCCUGUACAAAAGGAGACUGGUUAAGUAAUAUUUACUGGUGCGUAAAUAUUUAUUUUUUUGCUUUUUUUGCCCAGGAUGAGCAAGCAGGAGGACUCCAUUUAUAAAGUAAUUUAUUCAUUAAUA